AUGGACUACCAGGGCGCCCCGGCCGCCCAUAAGAAGAAGCGUGCCUAUGCCGCCCAGGCAUACGACUUUGGUGCAAAUGCCGCCGGUCAAGGCCCUGCGCCGCCCGUGGGCGCACCGCAGCUUGACCCGCUGGCAGGUCAAUUCGGUCAGAUGAAUCUGGGCGGCCAGCCUCAGCAACCCAUGAUGCAGCAGCCCAUGCAGCCCAUGCAGCCCAUGCAGCAGAUGCCGCCGCAGAUGCCGCCCCAGCAGACCACGCUGAACCAGCUUGUCACCACCGACCUCAUGAGCGCUCCGUUCAACGUCUACGAGCUCGACCAGCCCCCGCCACCGAUCAACCUCCCGCCUAACACCAGCGUUACGCCCUCCGAGUUCGCCAAUUGCCCCCCGAAGUACGUUCGGUCGACCUUGAACACGAUCCCCACCACGCACUCGCUACUGAAGAAGUCUCGCCUACCGCUGGCCCUUGUCAUCCAGCCCUACGCCGCCCUACAUGAUGCCGAGGACCCGGUUCCCGUGGUUCCCGAUCAGGUCAUUUCGAGAUGUCGGAGGUGCCGUUCGUACAUCAACCCGUUUGCGACCUUCCUCGACCACGGCCACCGCUGGCGUUGCAACAUGUGCAACCUCACCAACGAUGUUCCUCAGGCUUUCGAUUGGGAUGCGGCGACCCAGCAGAGUGUGGACAGGUGGUUAAGACCCGAGCUGAACUAUUCGGUUGUCGAGUUCGUGGCCCCCCAGGAAUACAUGGUCCGGCCCCCGCAGCCGCUGGUCUACUUGUUCCUCUUUGAUGUCAGCUACGCGGCCGUCACCAACGGCCUGCUGGCGACGGCUGCCAGGUGCAUUCUCGAGAGCCUGGACAGAAUCCCGAAUGCAGACAGGAGGACGAGGCUUGGCUUCAUGGCUGUGGAUUCUGGCCUUCACUACUUCUCCAUUCCCCGUGAUGGAGGCGAAAGCAGCGACCCUAGGAUGCUUGUCGUCAGUGACCUCGACGAGCCUUUCCUUCCCACUCCUGAAGACCUACUGGUGAACCUUGCCGAGUGUCGCGCCAACAUCGAGACCUUCCUUGGUAAGCUCCAGUCCAUGUUCCAAGAUACCCAGAAUGGGGCUUCUGCCAUGGGAUCGGCUUUGCGCGCCGGUCACAAGCUCAUCUCGCCUGUUGGUGGAAAAAUCUGCGUCCUCACCGCAUCCCUACCAAACAUCGGGUACGGUAAACUGGACAUGCGUGAGGACAAAAAGGUCCUCGGUACCAGCGGCGAGGGCAAGCUUUUGCAGACUGCCAAUAGCUUCUACAAGUCCUUUGCCGUGGAGUGCUCCAAGAAUCAGGUUUCGAUCGACAUGUUCCUUUUCUCGUCUCAGUACCAAGAUGUAGCCACACUAUCGAAUUUGCCGAGAUACACCGGAGGCCAGACCUGGUUCUACCCCGGGUGGAAUGCGGCAAGGAGCGAGGACGCGAUCAAGUUCGCCCGUGAGUUCAGCGACUAUCUCUCGUCCGAGAUUGGCCUGGAGGCUGUUCUGCGCGUGCGUGCUACUACCGGUCUGCGUAUGAGCACAUUCUACGGCAACUUUUUCAACCGCAGCUCCGAUCUUUGCGCGUUCCCUGCGUUUCCUCGUGACCAAGCCUACGUGGUGGAGGUCGCUAUCGACGAGACUUUGACGAAGCCCUUUGUUUGCAUGCAGACUGCUGUACUCCACACCACCUGCAACGGUGAGCGGAGGAUAAGAGUCUUGACUCUCGCAAUCCCAACCACGGACAACCUUGCCAGCGUCUAUUCCUCGGCUGAUGCGCAGGCGAUCACUGCCUACUUCAGCCACAAGGCUGUGGAAAGGGCCCUGGGUAGUGGGCUGGAUGCUGCUAGGGAUGCGCUUCAGAGCAAGGUUAUUGAGAUUCUCCAAACGUACAAGAAAGAGCUGGCAGGAGGCAGCAUCGGCGGCGGUCUCCAAUUGCCCGCCAACCUUCGGGCGCUGCCCGUUCUCUUCCUUGGGCUCAUCAAGAAUGUCGGCCUGCGGAGAUCGGCGCAAAUACCCUCGGAUCUUCGUGCCGCAGCUCUCUGCCUGCUCUCGACCCUGCCACUUCCACUGAUGAUCCAGUACAUCUACCCGCGCUUCUACUCUCUGCACGACAUGCCCGACGAUGCUGGCGUUCCGCACCCGGAGACGGGCGAAAUUCUGCUGCCGCCCCCGUUGAACCUGUCUUCGGAGAGGAUAGUGUCGUAUGGGCUGUACCUGAUUGAUGACGGGGUCAACCAGUUCAUCUGGAUUGGCCGUGAUUCGGUGCCUCAAUUGCUUAUCGACGUGUUCGGGGUUGAAGACAAGAACGGCAUCAAGCAGGGCAAGUCCAGCAUGCCCAUUCUGGACAAUGAAAUGAACGAGCGGGUUCGGGCGGUCGUGGACAAGAGCAAGGAUCACAGGAUGAAGGGGGUGGGCAGCAUCACAGUGCCGACGUUGUACAUCAUCAGGGAGGACGGCGACCCGAGCCUGAAGCUGUGGGCGCAGACGCUGCUAGUGGAGGACCGGGCAGACCAGGGUGUCAGCUUGCAACAAUGGCUGGGCAUGCUCAGGGAGAAGGUGGUGCAGUAG